CGAUAAAGAAGAAGACCAACAUGGCGUCUCUCGGCAGUAACGAGUGGAGAGCUAUCUGCGACAAAUUCACCAACGCCCAAAACCUCACUGAUGUGGAAUCACGAAACGACCCGGAAAAUGACCCGUUUCGCUCCAAAUAUAAGGCAAGGGAGCUCCUCAGAGAGAUAUACUGCUCGCUGAAGAGUUUCGGCGGCGAAGGUGAAGAGGACAGCGGCGGAGAAAGCGGCGACCAGCGGCCGACAGAGCCGCUGGUGGACGGGCAGAGGGAGGACGUAUUCGGCCAGGGCUUCAGCGGCGACUCGGCAGCCGGGCUGCGGGCCGCUAAACUCGGGGCUUUGGAGUACUAUCUGGGCGUGAACCAUGUCGACACAGAGGAGCUGUCAGCCGGACAGGAGCAUCUGAUGAACUGCAUGAAACUGCUGGAGAGAUGCAGAGUGUCUUCUGAGAAUGUGUCGCUGUUUAUCCAUGUCAGGAACCAGUUGGGCAUCCUUUGGGCAGGCCGGGAUGAGACAGAGACAGCUCAAGGGUUCCUUGAAACUGCAGAAUCCAUCUACCAACGUUAUAUGAAGGAGGAUGGGAGUCCUCCCACUGAUAUGUCAGAGUACUUUACUACUGAGGAGAAGCUCCUGACACACCAGGAAAGGACAAAGAGGUUUGAGUUGGCCUACACUCACACAAUGUACUACCUUGCUCAAGUCUAUAAAAACCUUGGUGAAACUGAGCGUGCUGGCACCUACUGCCACAGUACCCUGCAGAGACAGUUACAGUUAAAUCAGUUCAGUCCAAUGGAGUGGGCUCUGAACGCUGCUACACUAUCACAAUAUUACAUCACUAAGGGCCGAUACAUGGAAGGCAGACAUUGCCUCUCAGCAGCUACUGUCAUAUCAGAUUUGGCAGGAGAGAUUCCUUCUGAGGCCGCAGCACAGGAGAGUGAGACAGAGAGUGAACGUAGGGAACAGCUCAGACAGAAGAGAGCAGAGAUUGCGAGAUGUUGGAUAAAAUACUGUCUCAACCUUCUGCAGGAUGCUAAGAAGCUGCUAGAGGACAACGUUGGGGAACUGGAUACUGAUCGUCAAGAAGAGAUGAAGAGAGCAAGAAGAGUUGAGGAGGAGGAGGAAGAGAAGGGAAGGAAGACUGCUUUGCUGUUCGGUUCUGAAGACACCUUUGACUCCAUUGCUAGCCAUGAAGAGAAGGUGCCCUGUUUGCUUCCAUUGGACUUCACUGAGGCCAGAGGUGUAUUUCUGGUGGGACAGAAUUAUGUCACACAGGCCAAGGAGUACUUUCAGAUGGACGGCUAUGUGACGGACCACAUAGAGAUCCUGCAGGAUCACAGCGCUCUGUUCCUGGGCCUGGCUUUCUUUGAAGAGGAUCUGGAGCGGCGCUGCAAAAUGCACAAACGACGAGUUGACAUGUUAGAGCCAAUCUGCAUUGACUUGAACUCCCAGUACUACCUAUUGAUCCGCAGACAGUUGAUGUUUGAGUUGGCUGAGAUCUACAAUGAAAUGAUGGACCUGAAACUGACCCUGGCCAACUUACAGGCAGAUACACGGGCUCUAGAUAAUCACACCAUUAAGAAAUUCAACCAUCUCUGCUCUGCCUCUGCCAAAUACUUCCAGAUGUUCCUAGACUCUCUGUGUUCUCCAGAGGGGAAGCCUCCGGAGCACCUUGAAGAGGAGGUGCUCAGACCGGCUCUGGUGGCCCGCUUCAGAGUGGCCCGACUCCACAGCAGGCUGAUCUCCUCUUUACCCUCUGCUCAGCUGGACAACCUCAACAAGUCUCUGGAAAACUACAAAUACGUGGUGCAGUAUUGUGAGGCCCACCCGGAGGCAGCAGCCGCUGUGGAGACAGAGCUGGAGCUGAGUAAGGAGAUGGCUGAUCUGCUCCCUCUCAAAAUCAACCGCCUUAAGGCAAAGAUGACUACAAACAACUGAAGGAAGCCACUGUUCACUGACUGACUUGACUAAUCGUGUUAAAUCUAUCCAAAUAAGCCAGUCAAUCUAAGUUUACCGCCUUAUAGCCAAUGAACACUCCCAACAAUUACAGAAACUGGAUGGCAGAUUGACUUGCUUAUAUGUAUUGGUGAUGGCCUCUCUUUAUUUAUUUUUUUUGGUGCAGUGGGCAUGCUGCUUUCACAAGAACUGACAACACAUUACAGGCCGAGCAUACUGUAUGUGCUAUCCUCUGUACUAGUAGUAAAAUGUGGUCAGUUUACUUUUAUUUAAAUAAUUGGAACAGUUUUAACAGAUUGAAUGGGAAUUGACCUAGAGCUGUGUUUCUUUGCCUCAAUGCUUUCUUCUCAACUGGAGUAAAGAAAUUUAACACACAAAUGUCAGACUUGAACAAAACGAGUCCCAAAACAUCCUUACGGCAGAUAUGUACAUAACCGAUUUUCAUUUUACUAUUCAGGUGUCCUCUGUGACCCUAGUCUGCUUGUUACUUGUUUUUAUUGUUAAUCAUGUUGGGUUCAAUCAAUUUAAUGAGGCUUUAUUUUCUACAAAACACUUCAGCACACUAAACUUCUGUUUCUUCAGCUACUUUAUGUCUCUGAUAGUAAAACAAAUGUAAAGUCCCACUGUAACCAAGGUUAGUUUAAUUAAAAGGCAGCCAGAGGUACAGACAGUGGAGUUGAUCCAGAUUGUACUACAGACAAGUUGCUGCCUGAGCCGUCACAAACAACCGUCCCAGUGACAGUAAGUAGACUUGACCACACUGAUGCUGGUUAAUUAGAUGUAAAAAUCUGCAUGAUGCCAGCCUCGUCCAAUUGAACCUGCGUAUUUUCUUCCUGUCUUGGAAUCACGUUGUCAUUGUGUUAGGUACAGUUGAUGCUGUAUGUAUGUUCGAUAAUAAACUAAUGAAGUAAUGGACACUUACAUCACAAUACCAAUAUGUGCGUUUCACUUGCAUUGAGAGGCUGGGUAUAAAAUAGGUCCACAGUCUUUUCUCUGGUAUUUAUCCAUAUAACCAAGUUGAUUUAAUGAGUGGCUCCCUGAGUAAAAGGCUAAAAUUGUCUCAGUAGAGAAGUGUGUAAAACGGUGUCUUAUCUCCAUAACCGACUUUAACAAUGUGGUGAUCAUCUCAGCUUAUCUUUUGGCCAAUUAUGUCUUUAAAUUGUUCAUCUCCCACCGUUGUGUCCUGCAUGUUUCCCAUAUUGUUAAAGUGUUUUGUACAUUUACACAACUGCAUACAUGUGUAACAGCUGGCAGCGGAUAAAGGGACAUUUUAAUAGUAAAACGUCCUAAGAAACACAAUAGCUGUCCAUGUGAGUGUCACUGACCACAGAGAUCAGAUGUGUGAGAUGACGCAUUACCAAUUUUUUGUUAACUGUGAAGCCGUGCGACUUUGCCCUACUCUCCUGCUUCCUCUCUGAGGGCAUUGUGGCUUUGUGGCAAAAGUACUCCUGCACGACAGUGUCUGAUCUAUAGGAUAGAUACUUGGCUAAGUCUGGUGACACCAUGGUGACAGGACUGAUUACCGCCAUAGCCAUCCAAGUCAGUGUCCUAAGGUUAAACAAAUCUUCUGUAUGGAUAUGAACCGAGACAGAUGAGAGGAGAAACAUGGCAAAGGCAGAUGCUUUCAUACGUACGCUUUGUUAGUUUUGCCUUUAGUUUGUCUUUCCUUCUCAGUCUGUGUAUUAGUCCGAUAUCAGAAGAAUCAGAAGGAGCUUUAUUGCCAAGUAGUGUUUUACACAUACGAGGAAUUUCAUGUAGUGAUAAGGUGCUACAUGUAGACAAACAUACAGUCAACAUAAAUAAAUGUAGAAAUAUAUAAAUAUGGAAUGGAAAACAAUGUUGCAGAUAUAUACAUGUACAUUAUUCUGGGUAUGUGAAACAGGUCACAUCAUCUCAUUAAGCCUUUAUUAUGUGGUUUCUCCUUUAAGACAUAAGAAAAGUGUCACAAAAGCUCAAGAGAACUGACAUGAGAUUUACAAAUUGAAUCAAAUUAUGAACAUCAACAUACACAUCCCACCCCUCUCUCUCACUAACACACACAGGCAUGCAAGUCAAAAAAAUAAUUGUGACGCGAUGGAAACAAUUUCAUGGCAAACCUGCAAUCCCUGCUUUUAUUUCUGCUCCCCAUAACCUUUCUGAUGCUUGUCAAAGCGUGUAUUGACACACCUGCUGAACUUCUGCUGAUGUAAGAUUUGUUUUUGUGUGAAGACUUAGCAGAUGUGCCUGCUGAAAAAUCAGGUGACCUGCAGUUCCUGUUGAUGGUUACAAUUCAUGUCAUAUGUGUUUUACGGACAGAAGAAGUGGGCUUAAAAUAAAAUUACUUUAAAACUUUAA